AUGAAUAUAUUUAGAAGGAAAGAUACUAGUACGUCGAGUCUCUCCAAUUCAACCAGCGAAGCUGCUUCAGUUUCGUCUAAAUCAAGUACUGCAAGUACCACCACUUCAAAAAAAGGUUCAAAGUUGAUAAAAUGCCACACACCUUUUGAUAAACCUGUCAACCCCGUCAAACCCCCAGUAUUUGAUUUAUCAGAAGAAGAACAGAAGAAAUACGAUGAAGUUUUGAAGCACUUUCAAGAACACGUCAAAAAAGACUUGCCAGUAAAUGAUCAAGCAGGUGCCGCAAAGCACGCGGUACUCGAUGAAGAGAUAGCAUGGUUGACUAAAGAGUGUUUCUUACGGUACUUACGAGCCUCUAAAUGGAGGCUAGAGACUGCCAUCAAGCGUAUUGAAGAAACUCUUAUUUGGCGUAGAACUUUCGGAGUUGUAGAAAUUCCUCAACAUACCGAUCCGAAAAUAAUUAUUACACCGGAAUUAGUGGAAGAGGAGAAUGUCACUGGUAAAAACCUUAUUGUUGGAUAUGAUAAUGAUAAUAGACCCUGUCUUUAUCUUAGAAAUGGUUACCAAAAUACCUCACCAUCUAUAAAGCAGGUUCAACAUUUGGUGUUUAUGUUAGAAAGAGUUAUUCAAUUUAUGCCUCCAGGACAAGAUACAUUAGCUCUAUUGAUUGACUUCAAAGCUGCACCAGCCCACAUGAACCUCUCAUCUAAAUUCCCAUCAUUAUCCAUAUCAAAACAAGUAUUGAACAUUUUGCAAGGCCAUUAUCCAGAAAGAUUAGGUAAGGGUUUAUUCACCAAUAUUCCUUGGAUUGGUUACACAUUUUUCAAAGUCGUUGGACCAUUCAUAGACCCAUAUACGAGGCUGAAAACUAUUUACGAUCAACCAUUUGAAAACUUCGUUCCUAAAGAACAAUUGGACAAAGAGUUCAACGGAAACUUGGAUUUCGAGUAUAUUCAUGAUGUUUACUGGAAAGAAAUGAAUGUGAUGGCAGAAAGAAAACGUGAAAACUACGUCAAGAAUUUUCAUCGAUUAGGUGCAAAAGUCGGUUUGAGCGAAUACGACUUAAGACUAAUCCACAAUGAUGAUUCUCAAUAG